AUGAUGGCGAUGAAACCAGAUAAUGAGAAAGUUCGGCGAAUAAAAAUGGAACAAAUGUGGCAGUCAGAAAAGAAAAAAUUCGAUGACGAAAGAUGGAAAUUCGAAAAUGAAGAAAAUGACUGGACGAUGAAACGUGAAGGAAUACUUAUGGAUAGAAACAAGCUUGCACCUAGAUUGAAAGAGCUCCGGCAGCAGUCAUCUGGAAGAAAUGAUCAACGCGACAGCAAAGAUCAGAGCGACAGUUCUUUGAGUACUUCCUCGCUGAUAUCGAAGACGGACAUAAGAAUGGCCCUAUUUGUUGUUGAUCAAUUACUCAAAAUGUUGCAGGGAAAUACGAAGACUGCGUUCACUAGUCCUUCAGCAAUGUAUCGAUGCGAAGAAGCAUCGAAUCAAAAUAAAAGAAAGAGUGAUUCAAAUGUAAAGCCAACUGAAGCUUGUGGAAGAUGA